CUCCGGCGGCGUCUGACGAGGGGGAGGAGGAAGCGGCGGCGGCGGCUGUGUUGAUCCGGCAGUGGCGCCGACCCGGCUCCCGGGCCCGUCCGAGCGCUGCCCUUCUCCGGCCCUCCAUGAGCCGGGGUGCCGCCGCCGCCGUCCCCCACCCCGACGUUUAUGGAAGUGAUGGACGGGCCCCUCAACCAGGCUCAUCAGCAGAGCAGAAAAGCAGACCGGUCACUAGCUGCAGGGAAAUACGAAGAGGCCAUUUUGUGUCACCAAAAGGCAGCUGCAUAUCUUACUGAAGCCAUGAAGCUGACACAGUCUGAGCAGGCUCAGUUAUCACUGGAAUUACAAAGGGAUAGCCACAUGAAACAACUCUUGCUUAUUCAGGAGAGGUGGAAAAGGGCAAAGCGGGAGGAAAGGUGGAAAGCCCAGCAGACUCCCGAUGGAACCCCUCAGCUUCUGACGUCGUGCAAGAUGGCCGAGGAUGGGUCCGAGGGUCACAGUGUGCCUAGAUCUCAGCAGUUUAGUCCUGCUGUGGUUCCGGGGGUCUUGGAUAGGGACCCAGACACUCUACUUUUUCUCCUUCAGAAGAGGAAAGACCCAACAGAACCAUGCCCCAGCAGCAAAGUCCCGAAAGAUGACAAGACCACGAUAGAAGAACAGGCAACCAAGAUCGCCGAUCUGAAGCGACACGUAGAGUUCCUCGUGGCCGACAACGAAAGGUUGAGAAGAGAAAACAAGCAGCUCCGUGCUGAAAAGGCCAGGCUCCAGAAGGCUCCCCUCGAAAAGGAAUUGGAUGUAGAUGCUGACUUUGUAGAAAAAUCUGAAUUAUGGAGCCUGCCUCCCCCUUCAGAGACUGCUUCAGCCUCUUCUACCUGGCAGGAGUUUGCAGCAAACACAGGGAAAGCCAAGGACAUUCCCAUCCCUAACCUUCCCCCCUUGGACUUUCCGUCCCCAGAGCUCCCACUUCUAGAGCUCCCUGAAGAUAUUCUGAAAGGACUUAUGAAUAGUUAAAUGGAAGGUCACAAGGGGCUACAACGGUGGUGGUAAGGGAGAGGAAAUCAUCCAGUUAAAACAGCAAAAAGGGAAAACCACGAAGCUAGGGAUGGUCCGGUCCGGGUGAAGGAUCACCGGACGGACCACUAUAGGAGAAGGGGGCCUGGCCACGACAUAGAGAACGGUCACUGUGAAGCAUACGGCGCAGCCGAGGAACUGACUGGGGCUGAGGGAGCUGGAGCCGGCAAACGCUAACCUCAGAGGGUCUGUUUCUCCCGAUUCAAACCAAAUGGCGACCCAGAAUCACUUUUCAAGCAGCAGUUAUUUUCCUUCUCUUAACUUCAGGGUUAUGCUAUAUGUAAUAAUUAAUCUAUAAUGCCAUAAAGGAUAAUGCAAAAUCGAAUUAAUACAGGAGCCCAGGGCUGGCCUUGUAUUGGAAAGAUGCUUUCUAUCAUGCAUUGACUGCAUGCAUUUUGUUAUGCACAAUUUAUUAAUUCUAAUAAGGUGUGUCAGUUACACGCCUUCCUAGAUGAUCCUCCAUGUGCCACACUUUGCACUACUCCUAACAUGAUGAUAACCUCAAGACUAUCAGGAGAAAUGUUUAAAUUUCCACUUUAUGAAGAAAGGAACCAAAUUAUUAGUUCUGCUUUUUUUUUUUCCAAUUAUCAGUUUACAUAAUUAAUCAGGGUGCAUCAUAAGUUUUAACUUUUCUGUUUGCUGUAUUAAAAUGUUAUGCAUCAUUUAAAAAACACCUAAGGAAUUAUCCCUUUGUUUUGAAUGGUGCAUGAAUGGAAGUAAUGAUAGUUGGCAGUAUUUGAUUGCAAGAAAUCAAUAAAAUAAUUGUGUUUUAUUA